GUCCUGCCCCACCAUGAUCUUGCGAAGCCGACUCUCGUCGAUCAGAAAGCGAAGCGCUUAUUGCUCAUCACCAUCUUUUUGAUUUAUAGGAUUUGUCAGAGUCUCAGGACUCUGAGCUCAUAAAUCGCCAAGAUGGUGAACAUUACGGAAAAGAUCAAGGAGAUUGAGGAUGAGAUGAGAAAGACCCAAAAGAACAAGGCGACUGAAUAUCAUCUUGGUCUUCUAAAGGGUAAACUCGCCCGCCUCCGAGCACAACUCCUCGAACCAGGCCCAGGAGCAGGCGGCGGCGGCGGCGCAGGCUUCGACGUCAGCAAAUCCGGCGACGCCCGAAUAGCCCUCGUCGGCUUCCCCUCGGUCGGCAAAUCCACCUUCCUCUCCAAGGUCACGCGGACGAAAUCAGAGGUGGCCUCGUACGCCUUCACGACCCUCACGGCCAUCCCGGGCGUCCUCGAGUACGGCGGCGCCGAGAUCCAGCUGCUCGAUUUGCCGGGUAUCAUCGAGGGCGCCGCCGAGGGCAAGGGUAGAGGACGGCAGGUCAUCUCGGCGGCCAAGACGAGCGACAUGAUCCUCAUGGUGCUAGACGCGACCAAGAAGGCGGAGCAGAGGGCGCUGCUCGAGGCUGAAUUGGAGGCCGUGGGCAUCCGUCUCAACAGAGAGCCACCAAACAUCUACCUCAAAGCCAAAAAAGCAGGCGGCAUGAAAAUCACCUUCCAGUCCCCUCCCAAAAACAUGGACGAGAAAAUGGUCUUCAACAUUCUUCGCGACUACAAGAUCCUAAACUGCGAGGUCCUCGUCCGCGACGAGUACGCCACCGUUGACGACCUCAUCGACGUCAUCAUGAAGGACCACAGAAAGUACAUCAAGUGCCUCUACGUCUACAACAAGAUCGACUCCGUCUCCCUCGACUUCCUCGACAAGCUCGCCCGCGAGCCCCACACCGUCGUCAUGUCGUGCGAGCUCGACCUCGGCAUCCAGGACGUCGUCGACCGCUGCUGGGAGGAGCUCAAGCUCAUUCGCAUCUACACCAAGCGCCAGGGCGCCGAUCCGGACUUUAGCGAGGCGCUCAUCGUGCGUAGCAACAGCACCAUUGAGGACGUGUGCGACCGCAUUCACAGGACGCUCAAGGAUACCUUCAAGUACGCGCUCGUCUGGGGCGCGAGUGCCAGGCAUAUCCCGCAGAGAGUGGGACUCGGGCAUGCGGUGGCGGAUGAGGAUGUGGUUUGCGUCGUGAGCGCGUGGAAGGCAUGAGACAUGAAUUCAUCAGAUGAAAAAUAAGAAAUGGGUUUAAAAAGGUUACGAGGAAUUGUGAUUUCUGCUCAUGCCGACCGACAAUUUUGCGGUGG